CCGUACGACGGGAAACGUCACGGCCGGGUCAGAGUUGAAGGGAGAGGAAACAGAAGCAGCAUGGAGACCGAAGACAGGAGGAGGAGAGGAGGUUCUGCUAAAAGCGCCACUAAAGGUGGAAAAUGUGUCAAAGUACGGGAAGCCGAAGAAGAAGCGAGAAGGCGAGAGGAGGUGAAGGAGAGGCUGAGGGAGAAGGUGGAGCUGGAGAGGAGAGCCCUGAUGGUGGUGGAGCGCCUCCUGGAGGACAGUGUGCCUGAAGACUUCUUGAUAGACUGUGCCAAGUUCAUCACUCCUACUAAUUACAAAGACACUGUGGAGGAGAGGUUCAUCGCCAAGCUCUGUGGUUAUCCUGUAUGUCCCAACAGACUGGGCAAGAUCCCAAAUCAACAGUAUAAAAUAUCUACCAAGACAAACCGGGUUUAUGACAUCACAGAGCGGAAGUGUUUUUGUAGUAACUUCUGCUACAAAGCUUCGAAAGAGUACGAGCUGCAGAUAUCAAAGACGCCUCUAUGGCUCAGGCAGCAUGAAAGUCCUCCAGAAAUUAGGUUGCUAAAGAAAGGAGAUGGUGGGAGCUCUGGUGAGGAGGUGAAGCUGUCAGUGAGGCGCCUCAAAGAGGAGGACAUUGAGAACCCGGCAGCCGCUCCGCCUGAGGACCCUCCUGUCUCUCAGGGUGGCGCUGCAGGAGGCCACCACAGCCAGAGCAGCGACAGCGAGCAGGAGCAGGACUUUGUCUCCAGUGUGGUCUCCCAGCACCAGAGACCCCGGGUGCACUGGGGCGCCCUGCCAAAACGCACCGAUCAAGACCAGAACCACCUUCAAACCCAAAGCCCAGAGAAGAAAGGACCUAAAAAACAGGAAAGGAAGGAGCUGCAUGAGCUAAAUAGUGAGGCAUCUCCUGAGGGCCAGAGUGUGGAAGAGGCCACCUUAAAGCUGAGUGAAUGUAAUGUGUCAGAGAGAGUCCUUCCCAGCACGGACCAGCCUGUAAACACGCAGACUGACGUCACAGCUUCACCCACUUCUUUAGUGGGAACUACACCCUCAGCAGGGAGCAAACAUGACCCUUGUCCAUCUACAACUGGAGCUCCAUCAAACCCUCCAGGUCUCAGCAUCACCCAGGUGGGCAUGAGCAGGAGGGGGGCCGCCGGGUUGCAGGAUCUCUUAAAGAAACACAUGGGACAAGUUAAUCCCGACUCGGUUCGGCUGAAUCUUCUGGAGUGCCUGAAGAGGACGUUAAAGGAGUGGUGCACAGACGAGACGCUGCGCUUCCUGUACGGAGCCCAUCAUUCCCUGGGUUCCCCAUUCGCUGAUUUAAACCAGACCAAGGAAGAGGAACUAGAUGAAGACGACCUGGACGAUGAUGUGACGGGGCCUGGCGCCGAACAGCAGCAGAGGCCUUCGGCUGCAGCUUCGGCUCCAGACUAUGAGACGCAGCGGAAGGAGACGGAGCAGCUGCAGCUCAGAGUCAGGGAGUUUUACAAAGGGACGUGGAUUCUGGCUGAGGAGGAGCAGGGGCCCAACGCAGGCAAGGUCACAGUGCAGGACUCGGUAUCAAAGGAUCCAGUUUUGCCGCUCAUCGACUCCCACGCUCAGAACCUCAUCCAGAAGCGGAUUACGGUGGAGAAACUCAGCAGCUGUCUCAGAAACAUCGUAGGUCCAGUGGGCCUCACCAUGAGCGACAUCUCCACAGACCUGAACAACCUGGUCCGAACAUUCAGGUUCACCAACACCAACAUCAUUCACAAAAUUCCAGAGUGGACCCUCAUAGCUGUGGUGCUUCUGCAUCUGUUGUCAGAUGUGUCUCCGGUGGUGCAGGAAGCCUUGGAGACGUCGGCAUCAGUGCAGUAUUUAAACACUCUGAUGGAGGAGCUCGGCCUGCAGGAACAGGACCUUCUUAACCUAGUUCAGCUGUUUAAAUCGCCAACAAGCUGACAGAACAAUAAACAGACGUAUAAUGUGUUCAAUCUCAUAAAAUGAUCAAUUCAGGAAAAAUUAUGUUUUGUGUGGUUUUGUCUUUAUUAAAACAAAAAAAAGGAGACUGUUACCUAGUUGCACGGACGCAUUCAUUUGCACCUCUGGUAAAGAUUUAUGAAAAUACAUGAAAUAAAUUCCUUUUUAACUGUAACAUAAUGUCACAUGGGGGAAAAAAAAGUUCCAAGCUUGAAUUUGAGCAUAUUUAUUCAGUGAGGGGUACAACCUUGAGUCAGAGUAGUUGGUACCCUUAUACCUUUUAAAAUCAACGAUUUUAUCAACGGAUAAAAACAACCUUAAGUUACAUUAAGCCUGCUUUUUUUUAAUGUAUGCUUUUUGUUUCAGAUUUGUUGAUCUGAGCUUCUAGAAACUUCUGAUUUGUUCCUCUUGGGUAUAAAGUUAACAUGAAGCUAACAGGUUAGACAACUACCACAAAGAGGGACAUCUUAGAGUCACUAAAACACAACUAGAUGCUCUCUGGUUGGUUGGGAAAAAGUCUAAAGUCUGCUGGGCGAACAUUGAUUAAGUGAGUUUGGCAUAAAACAAGUAAUGUAUAAUCUGGAAUAGCACCCUCCUCCACACAGUUUAGUAUGACGGAGGAUCUGUGAUGCUAUGGGCCUUUUCCUCUUCCAAAGGCUUUGGGAAUCUUGUUAGAGUGGUAAAAACUGGUAUAAACUUAUAUAAAUAAACUUGGUUGACUGAAUGUUAUUAGAUCAUUCAAUGGGAUAAUCAUACAAAACCUAAAGUAUGGUCAGAUCUAUGUUGAACUGAUAAGAAGGGUUAUGCAAAGAGGAUUGGAGAAAGAUCCCUCUGCAUUCUUCAACCUUAUGAAAUUUUAAUGGACCACAUGCUUUGCUACUGGCAAAGUAGCACUACAGUUGUGGCACCGAUGGUUUUGCUCAAAAUAAUUCCUUUUAUUGAAUUAAUUGUAUUUGAAGGCUGGAUUUUCCAGCGUGAGAUUUUGUUACAAUAAAAUGCUUUUAAAUUUUUA